AUGGACGCCACAAGGCCCUCUCUUCCGUCUCUUCCAGACAGACAAACUCUCAAAAAAGCCACCACGCUACCGGUCUAUGACGCUGAGGGCAACAAGCUCAACUUUAAGAACAUUUUUCGGGAACAGAAGACAAUUCUGAUUUUCAUUCGACACUUUUUCUGUGGUAGCUGCCAGCAAUAUGUUUCACAACUUGCAUCGGUGCGAAAGGAGGCCUUGGAAUGGGCUGGUGCACGGAUAGUACUCAUCGGUUGCGGUGAUUGGCGACUCAUUGCGAACUACUGCGUGACCACUGGCUUCGAGGGCGACGUAUACGCGGAUCCCGCCCGCACGCUGUAUCAUAUUUUCGACCUUAUUCAGUCCCUCGAGCGCACACCUAGUAGGCAGACGAAGCGGAGCUACAUCACUAAGGGCUUUCUCCAAAAUGCCUUGAAGAGCAUCUGGGAUGGGCCAAUCAAAAACCCGACGCGUAUCGGCAAGCAAGGAAACAUUUCGCAGUUAGGCGGUGAUUUCAUUUUCGGACCACAAGGCGAAAAAUGUCUGUUUGCAUCGCGGAUGCAUCACACAGAGGAUCACGUGGAAGUAGCGGACCUAAUGCGUGAGGCAGGAGUCGCAUACCCAUGA